AUGCGAUCGAAGAAGACAGGAGGAUUGGAGCUGGACUUAUUUGUCGGCCAACACCAUCAGGAACCAUCGUCAGGUAUGUAUACUUUGAAUUAUAAUUUAAUAAAUUCAAAAGCUUUCCCUUCAAUCGACAGUUAUGGGUUUCUGACUGAUCCUAGGGGUUAUCUAACAUCUUUGUUUUUCUGUAUUUCAAUUGGUCGUAGAUAUACACAUAAACUGCCUUCGAAACCGGCGGUGGUCGGGGUUUUGCUAAUGGAUGGUAGUAUGACUAACCUAUCGUUACUAGAUGCCAAGGAGAACAAAUUCUUAAAGGGUACUUUUGAUGUUGUCGGAAUUAUGUCUACUCUCGUCAUCUAUGGUGUCUUACAGAAUUGCAUGGAGAAUGAAUUCAAUAUUGAUCAUACAAGAGAAAUAUUUGGAAUCGAGUUCAACAAUAGGUAUAUAUGCGAAGAUCAAAUAGAUUAUAUGGACCACUGA